AUGGGAACGCAUACAGCGCUACCAGUGCAAAGCCAAUCAUCCCCUAUUCAAGUCAACUAUUCAAAGCUACCAAUCGCGCAAUUUGAUGAUUGGUUUGAAAGCAAAAUCGUAUGUAUAGAGCCAGUCUCUAUACAAGCAUACGGCAUCUCUGAUCUGGACAAGACUGUUGUACUGCAACUGAGUUCUUCAGGGCAGCCAUAUCGGGUCAGUGCCGCAGAAUUCGAACACGCUCUCGGGAUAAACCAAGACCAAAAUACACUAGACCCAACAAUAUACACUGCGACAGAGCUACAGCAGCUCUCAAUCACACUCGAACAAAGAGGGAUUAUUGAACCCAUGGAUAUAUCCCUGAACCUUUGUGCUUUUAUUUAUGGCUUUCGAAUACUCCGUUCGGUUGUUUAUCUUGCUUCGAACAACCUUCUUCAACCAGUAGCCACAACAGAGCUCAUGGCGUGGAUUGCAGCACGAAAUCUCUAUUUAGUUGUCCAAGCCUGUAUCGAUAGCAAGCUGUCAGCCACAGACGCGCUUGCCAAUUUUGUACUUGGCGCUGCUGUCCAAAUACGUGAUAUUUUUAUGGCGAACGCUUUACUAUCCAAAGGAAUUGACCCAAACUUGGAAGUGGAAGCGAACUCUCACGUUUCUAAGGUGCCACCUCCAACCAAGACCUUGGAUUUAUUUGUACAAUACAAAACGGAGUUUUCAAACCGAGAUAAAAGGAUGCAAACUUUGCUUGAAGUUGCUCUGAGAAAUGGGGAUAGAGUUAUGGCCCGCAACUUGAUCAAGCAUAACGCCAAGGUCAACUACACUGAAGUGGACGUCAAACUGGCAAAUUUAUAUUUUCCAACUAAUGGGCCUGAGCUAUGCUUAGACACCAUAAAUCAGUUGCUCCAGUACAUCUCAGAGCCUAAUGUACAUAUACCGCAGUACAUUGGCUUACCAUCAGUUCUCAGCAUGGGACGUAAACUCUGCGAGCUGACAGAAGCCAGGGGGCUUAAUUCCUUACAUAUUCGUAUGGAUAGCCACCGCCCUAAACAGGCUAUCACUGCGCUGCAAGCAGCUGCGCAGUAUUGUGAAAGUGAUACCGUACAACUACUAAUCGAUGCUGGAGCCGAUUUUGUUCUUCCUACUGAAUUUAUAGGCGAGACUCAGAUUGAAUAUACUCACGAGUCAUUCACUACACCACUGCAAUAUGCCGUCAUGAGAGGCGACAUUGAAAUGGUUGAUGUUUUGCUUAAAAAUAAUGCGUCUGUUGACGAUUUUCCUUUGUACGAUCUUUUUCCGGAUGGCUACUAUCUGAACGGUGUUGGUAAGGUACACGCCGACAAGUGUACCGUAGUGGAUCAUGACCGGAUCAUUUACGACAAGUACUCUUGCGAUGAGGAACCUCGCUGCGAUGGAGACUCUCCUACGAGACCGGACAUUUAUUGCGAAAGAUUCGACCACAUUAAUCUCUGCUACAAUAUGUCUGGAUUCUAUACGCCACUUCAGGCGGCAGCAGCCCGAGGGAAUGUCACAAUGGUGCGGCUGCUGCUGAAGCACCACGCCGACGUCAACCGGAUGGGUGGACUGGGCACAGCAUUACAAGUCGCCUGUAUGCAGCGGUGGAAUCUGGAAGUAGUAAAGGUGUUGAUUGAUAACGGGGCUGACGUCAAUUCUCCUGCGGACCGCCGGCAUGGCCGCACUGCUCUACAGGCAGCAAUUCGUUGCGGCGAUAUACAAGUUGCUGAAUAUCUACUUGACCGCAACGCAGAUGUUCAGGCUCCACCGAGCAGAAUAUUUGGUCGAACAGCGAUGCAAAGCGCAGCAAAAAUGGGAUAUCCCGAUUUAGUGCGCAAGUUGAUCAAAAAGGGGGCCAAGGUGAACGAAUCGACGUCGAUGCGUGGCGGGACAUCGCUACACUUUGCCGUGCGUACUGCAAACAUGGAACUGGUAUGCCUACUCUUAGAGCAUGGGGCUGAUGUCAAUGCUCGCUCUGCCAAUCACAGCGGCGGCUGCCCUGUCUUGUACGAAGCAAUUCGCUCUGGCAAUCACGAUAUCGUGAAGAAGAUUAUAGACAGCGGAGCAAAUCCAUGCAGAGGAGAUAACAGCGUUGAUUAUCACUAUAUUGCUGCAGCAUUAAAGUACUGUAGUGUCGAGACAGUAUCCUUGCUUCUGUCAAAAGGGGCAUGCCCAUAUACGCCCGACAAUAUGGGACGUACACCACUAAGUCUCGCGAUCCUUCGCGAUCCAAAGGUAAAGAUGGGCCUAAUUGGCUUACUACCCGUGGACGCCAGAAAUGAAAAGAGAUGGGUCGACUACAGCGAAGUAUUAUGCACAGCGAUCAAGGCACAAGACGAGCAUCUGGUUCGCGUACUUAUUGAUAUGAUAGGAACACAGAUCAUUUGGCGGACUGAUAGCCGAGCAGUCAAGCCUCUACAUACAGCAAUUGAUACCGGAAAUAUUUACCUUGUUAGUCUACUAAUAAAAUCCGGAGCCAGAAUCUAUGGAAAGGUUGGGGUUGAAGGGCUAUCAAAAGCUAUACAGGCAAACAACACCAUGAUGAUGGAAUAUCUACUCUUUUUGGGCAUUAAGGCUAUACACAUCAAUACGGAGUAUAGUUUGGAAUGUCGCCCCCUAACACAAGCCAUCAAGAGCAGAAAUCUUAGUGCAGUCAACAUGUUGCUGGUUCGUGACGUUGAGUUCUACUCAAGAGACCGUGAUGCGCUUGCAGAGGCGGCAAGGUUUGGCGAUUUGGGGCUUAUGCAACGACUCCUAAGGCUACCAUCGUCAGUUAAUUCUGACCUCACCUAUGCUAAUGCAUUGAUGGCAGCCGUCUCUAGCGCAGACAUUGCUAUUGCGGAGGCUUUGAUACAUGCAGGCGCAGAUAUUGAUGCUCAACCUACUGGCUUUCUAUAUACUUCAAUCUUCAACGAAGCUAUUAGCAGUGGGUCGCUCGCCAUGGUACGGCUUUGCAUUACAAACGGGGCACAGAUUAACCCAUAUCAUAACCUUGGAGAUCUCCGGAGUGAGAUUGGGCGCGAGGUCACGCCGUUGCAGUGUGCCGCUGCACUGGGCAACGCUAGCAUCAUCGACUUAUUACUCUUUCAUGGAGCCGAUGUAAACGCCCCAGCAGCGAGAGGGUGUCGGACAGCAUUGGACGCAGCAGCGGUGAAUGGCCGCUUAGAUCAGGUGGCAAAAAUGUUACAACACGACAAGGAGCCGCAGACACUUGAAGAGAGGGUCAAGGCAGCGGCGAGAUUAGCAAACGACAACAAAUUUCCUGUCGUGGCCAAGUACUUGGAAAACUGGCAGAAGCCCGUCGAAACUGAGAUUAUUUAG